AUGGAAGAAGAUCUCGCCACGGAAGUGGAAGGAGAAUCGCGCGCUUGCAUUUUAACUUGCUCUUGUUUUCCAUCGGUAGAUUUCAAACUCAAAACGGCAAACGUUGUGGGCAAUUUUGACACCAAUUUUUUAGUUGAUGUCGGUAAUCAAGGAAUGGGAAGGAAGAAGAAAGUCCACGCUGACUGCAAUAAUGCUAGCGAUAAACAAGAAAAUCCGUUGGAACUCGUUUUCGUCGCUCAAUACAUGCGCUUAAAUCAAGAAAAGUAUAAAUUUCAACCAGUAACUCCAACUGAAUUGCUGCAUGCCUUGUCGCUGUCGGAUAGUUCGGUUAUAAUUGACACUAUUGUCAAACUACUAGGAAGUAUUUCUGCCCGCGACCGCGAGACAAUUAAAUCAUCAUGGCAGUCAGAUUUAUCUGAAGUGCUUGAAGAGCAAACUCACCUUGGAAACUUAUUGAAAGAGAAAAAUUUUCAGCAAUUGAAAGCUAACGACAGAUUGUCUGUACUUGAAUUGCUCAUAUGGUUGAAUAUAGAAGCGAAAUCGGAAGACUUGCAUCAAUUUGCAAUUGAUAAAACGAACGGUGUUGCUAGGGUCCAACCUGUUGGCCAUGAUUCGUCCGAUAAUAGUUAUUGGUAUUUAGGAGGGAGUAAAGUCUUUAAACAAUCAGCUUCUAAAAGAAGUCGUAAUAAAUGGGAAGUGAUUUGUGCUACUAUUGACGACUGGAAAUCAACAUCGAAAAAAUUUUGUCGACAUUCUGGAGAGAAAGAAAAAAACCUAGGUCAAGCUAUGAGUACUUUAAUUCCUAAAGUUACAAAAAUUCUAGAGAGUCGAAAAAAAAGGAUAGCAAUUUCAACAUCAAAGCCAAAUAAAGCUAAGAUGACGCGAGAACGAAAUAAAAACGCUGAUACGCAAGAAAAUGCAAAAAAAUCAGAGAAUGUACACCAACCUCAAAAGAAGGCAAAAAAAGGAAAAGCUGUCAAAUUAGUAAAAGAAGAAGAUAUUGAGAAGCAGGAAUCGACAGACGAUAAUGAAUUUUCCGUUCCCGAAGAUCUUUUAUUUGAUGCAUCUCGUAGGAAACGUAAAUGUGUCUUACAAAAGCAAAAGCAGAGUAAGGUUUGGUGGGAUGAAUUGUCAGAUAGUGGAGAAGUAUCCGCUAGUAGUGAAGAAGCCUCUGACAGUGAGGGUGAAAAAAAGUCAAAACGAAAAAAAAAUAAAAAGAAAGAGAAUGAUGUAUUUGUUGAAGAUACCGACAAGGCUUACAUUUUCACUUCUAGUAUUGCUAAUGAUGCUGCUGAAGCCGUCGAUGAAGGACUAUUUGAUAGCAUCAUACAUUAUCAUCACGUAAAACACGGUCAGCCAAAGACUAACACUUCUAUAUCAACCGCUAAUCAGAUUCCAUCUACUAGCCAAGCUAAUUCUAAUAGUCAAAAUCAUGGACACGAUCGUUCAACAACAAAAACGUCGUAUAAUCCAAACAGCUCAAGUCAUAGAGGAAUAAUUGAUGAGUAUCAAUGGCAUCCAUAUCACUCUGCUCAACAACAACAAAAUACUGUACAUCAACAACAGCCAAUGGUCAUGCAUGGACCAAUGGAGGACAUGAUGCUUGGCUAUGGAAUGUAUCCUCAUCAAACGACAAAUCCCAAUGACAUUUAUCAACGCCCAUCGUACCAACCGGCUUCGAUGUAUCAACCACAAAUAGGUGAAUGGAGUCACCAAGGCCAGUUGGCUUCACAAAAUGCACCGAUACAAAAAAUGUUGCAUGGUGUAAAUUAUCCUGCAUCUCAGCAGCGUAUACCUCAAAUGAUGCCUACUCAACAGCAAACGUCGCAUUAUUUAGGUAGUAAUGAACAAGGGGGACCUUUACCUGGACUUUUAUAUUCUACACAUUCACCUCUGCAUCGUCCUGCCGAACAGAUAUUAUCUCGGGACCCUACGAAAGCUACAGGUACAGCAUCAACAACACCUGACAAUAGCGCAACCGGAAGUCAAACGACGAGUGGAGUACAAGACAGCCCUAAUAUCGUCCCAACUACUACAGAUUCUCAAUAUUACCCAACACAAGGUAUAAAUCAACAGCCUGUUGGAAAUAGGCUUUCGCAAAGUCAGCAAUGGCAAGCCUAUCCGAUGUACAUGCCCCAAGAUCAAUGGCAACAUUACCAACAUACACAAAUAGGAGGUAUGCCUGGCAUGCCUUCAGCAGGUUUUGAAUAUCCUGUUAAUCCAUCUCAAUUCUCAACUACUGCUAAUGAUCCUAGUAUGCCGUCAAUUCCUAAUUCUAAUGCUCAUCCUAAUAAAUAUGCUCAAGCUAUUGAUAAGGAUCGACAUCGUUCUGCGCAGCCGUUUUCGGUUGAAGGAUUUCUAUCGACUAAAGAUGGUAGUUACCAACAGUCAUCUGCUGUUGGCCAAAAUCAGCUAGCACCAUCAACCUUUCAUUCUCAAUCUGCAACCACAACUAAUACAUCUUCGUCUUAUCCAUACCAUUUGCAAUAUCAGUCCGGAUAUGGAAACAAUCCCAAUUUUUAUCAACAUUUAUCGAAAGAGCCGAGCGGUAAUUUUACUAAUGCUUCAUCUAUGGCACCUAAUAAUAACUAUUCUUCUUUACCAGAGGUUGCUCUGCCAAAAGAAAAUAACACUAUGUAA